AUGGCACUGUCCGGUACAAGUUCAGUUAGCCAUGUCUCACAUAGUUUGACCUCAGGGUGGCGCAAGCACACCAUUGUCAGCUGUUGUUAUGCCAACGUCAGUUUGUCGUUACGCUUUGACACUGAAGGAAACCCAAGCCUAACGUCCGAAAGGAAAAAAGAUCAAUCCAGAAGUGAAAACCGACGUGAAGCCAGUGCUCAACGUUAUGCUUUUCACCACGAAGCUCAGAGAGGAACUUCAGCAGGCCAAGCAUUGGAUGACCUCGAGCGGCAGCCCAAGCCCGACAUCAAGCCCAAGCCCGUCACAGUCGCUCUAUAUAUAGCCUAUCGAUUUAUCUAUAAUCUGCGCUAUCUACUGCUGAACAAUCCCUUACUCGUCUCUCUUUACUCCUCUCGUUACUCUCAAGGGUCUCAAGGAGCGAUACGCAAGUGUCCAGUGACGGCCCAGGCAACAGACACAGACAUCCACCAGUGCACCAUACGCUGGUUCGCACUGGCGCAUGACCGGGAGGGGGGCCGUAGCAACCAGCGUGAAGAACAAGAAGAAGCCAGCUACAUUUUGGAUUUUAUGUUUUUUGUUCAUGUUUUGAAUGGAGGGGGGCGUAGCAAGCGCCAGCGCGAUGAAAGAAGCCAGCUAAAUCUUGGAUUAAUUGUUCUAUGUUCAUGUCAUGUUUUAAAUAAAGAUUUUUUUUAAUGUAAA